GCGGAACGUGGCACUCACUGGCACGCGCUUACUGAACGUUCACCACGCCUGCUCGCCUCCAUUCGCCAUUGUCUAGUCGUUCUUUACCAAUUUCACCAUCAUGCCGACCGAAUUUGAGAUGCGUCGCCGGAACGCACAGUUCGCGGAAAAGGCUCGCGCGGGGAAGAACCCGUCUAAGCCAUCACGACAGGAGGUGCUCGCGAAGCGUAGCCCUGUGGGCAUGUGGGCACUGGGCAUAAUCUGUUUUGUUGUAAUCGGCGGAAUUGUGCUGGAGCUCGUCCGACUGAUCUUUGUGUGACACGCUGGUUGCUAUUAUGACGAGAUUACUCUACUGGACGUGCACUGUGUGUUUCCAGUCGUUGCCGCGGCUAGCGUGCCGCUCCUGCACCACUCACAUUUGGGCGACAGGCAUCUUUCAUUUUCAUGGCUACACUAUAUCCCUGUCGAC